GGGAGAGAUUGGGAGUCAGAUAGGCUGAGAACUCAGCCUGUUUCUCUGUGUAGACCCAGGGAGUUCUGGCGUUCUGGACUGAGCUGCUGUCCUUUGAAGGAAAAUGAAUGAAAAUCCACUAAGUGUGUGCUAAUGUGAUUAAAUUGUAGGUGACGACGAGGAAGGAGGUGGCAGGUUGUGGUGUGGCAGAGACUGACCAGCAGAAAGUCCCUCCUUCCCUUCAGYAGGGUGCUCCUGACGGGGUGGACAAGGGGGCUGAAUAUCCUGGCUCCGUAGGCCAAGGCUGAAAGCGUUUGGGCUCAGGAAACUCAUCACAAAAAUAUGACAAUGGCACUGCACCCGCGGAGAGUUCGCUUGAAGCCCUGGCUGGUGGCCCAGGUGGAUAGUGGUUUGUAUCCCGGCCUCGUCUGGCUGAACCGCGAGGCCAAGCGAUUUCAGAUCCCCUGGAAGCACGCGACUCGGCACAGCCCGCAGCACGAGGAGGAAAACACUAUCUUUAAGGCAUGGGCGGUGGAAACGGGAAAGUACCAGGAGGGAGUCGAUGAGCCAGACCCUGCCAAGUGGAAAGCCCAGCUCCGGUGCGCUCUUAACAAAAGCCGGGAGUUUAAUUUGAUGUACGAUGGCACCAAGGAGGUGCCCAUGAAUCCUGUUAAAAUUUAUGAAGUUUGCGAUAUCCCACAGUCCCAGGGAUCAAUCAUUAAUCCAGGUUCCACUGGCUCAGCUCCGUGGGAUGAAAAGGAUAACGAUCUUGAUGAUGAAGAGGAGGAAGAAUUGAAUCCAUCUCAGCAUGUCCCUAUUCAGGAGACCUUUCCAUUUCUUAAUAUCAAYGAUUCUCCGAUGGCUCCAGCCAAUGCAGAAAACUGUAGUCCUGAAGCUGUGUGGCCGAAAAAUGAACCUCUAGAUAUGGAAAUGCCUCCAACUGCCCUGCAGCAUGACUUUUUCAGCAGCCCCGAGCUCUGGAUCAGCUCUCUUCCAAUGACAGACCUAGAAAUCAAGUUUGAAUAUCGAGGAAAGGAGACUGGACCCACAACGACUGUAAGCAACCCCCAGGGAUGCCGACUUUUCUACGGAGAGCUGGGUCCAAUGCCAGAUCAGGAAGAGCUGUUUGGGCCCAUUAGUUUGGAGCAAGUAAAGUUUCCAGGAACAGAGCAGAUCACCAAUGAAAGGCAGAAGAUCUUCACGAGUCGCCUACUAGAUGUUAUGGACAGGGGACUGAUCCUGGAGGUCAGUGGCCAUGCCAUCUAUGCCGUCCGACUCUGCCAGUGCAAGGUCUACUGGUCUGGUCCGUGUGCACCUUCCUCCACUACGCCAAAUUUAAUUGAGAGGCAAAAGAAAGUCAAGCUCUUCUGUCUGGAAACAUUCUUAAGUGAGCUGAUUUCCCAUCAGAAGGGACAAAUCGAGAAACAGCCACCUUAUGAAAUCUACUUCUGUUUUGGGGAAGAAUGGCCUGAUGGAAAGCCCAGAGAGAGAAAGCUGAUUGUGGUUCAGGUCAUUCCCGUGGUGGCUCGGAUGAUCUACGAAAUGUUUUCUGGCGACUUCACGCGCUCCUUCGACAGCGGCAGCGUGCGGCUGCAGAUCUCCACACCGGACAUCAAGGACAACAUCGUGGCUCACCUGAAGCAGCUGUACCGGCUGCUCCAGAGCCACCAGGAGGGCUGGCCCAUGCAGGGCCCGGCGCUGCACAUGGCCACGCCGCUGCCCGCCCAGUGAGCACCGGGGCCCUGCUCCCCUCCCGUGCCUUGUACAUAAACAUUUCUUAAUUGGUGCCUUGCCCAAACCCAAAUCAAGUCUGUAAAUCUGGUUGUCUUGAUUGAACUUUCAACAGUCAGGGGUCUUUUUUUUAGCUCACUUUUUUAGCUGCUUGCUACCAUGCUAUACUAUGUAUAAAUCAAAUUUCUAAGCCUACUGUUUUUAUAAAAUCCACUACUGACAUGUAUAUACAUACUUGAUUGUUAGAGGG